GAAACAGGAAGUCUCUUACAAUCAAACGUCGUCAUUGCAGAUUAAGGGAAAGGAAACUUUUUAUAUCAAUUUGUGAGGCUUUUACGAAGUAGACCACCACGUAUCAUUCACACCGUGGAUUAAAUACCUACAGUAUGCUUCCACAAGGAGCUGGCGGUCUUGGUUCGACGUUUGUUGUUUUCAUUGUCAUCUCCAGUGUUGCUCAUCAAGGAACUUGUCUAACUACGACCACUCCAACACCUGUUCAGAAGCCUUGCCGUGUCCGGACAUCAUGUGAAGACUGUCUUACCAAUGUAACGUGCCUUUGGUGCCAGACCAAUAAUACUUGCAGCCAUUACCCAGUCUCCUCCCUCCUCCCUCCUGCCUCCGUGUGCCGCAUGUCCGAUGCCCGAUGGGGGGUCUGCUGGGUGAACUUCGAGGCCUUGAUCAUCGCCAUGGCAGUAGUGUGUGGGACCAUCCUGGUGAGCGUGGUGGUGUGCUGUUGCUGUUGCUGCUGCUGCAAGAAGAGCUCCUCUGGACCUGACAGAGACGAGGAGAGGUUGGCCAGAAGACGAGAAGAUGUCCGACAGCGCUCAGAUGAACGGAAAACCGACAGGAAGAAUCGACACGAUGAGAUCCGCAAGAAGUACGGCCUGAUCCCGGACUCGGACCACCCGUACAGCAAGUUCGAGAACGAGUAAAACAGCGACGCAGAGGGAGAGGGUGAACACUCUCUCCAGACGUUCGCCAUGUUUCCGUCUGGUCUUCCUGCGAAUGGAACUAGUCUGGUUUUCUUUCAACUGAGGGAAGGUCGCAUCCAAACCUCACCCACAACAAGCCUUCAGUAUUUCUAAUUGACCUGUUCACCAGUUAGCAUGUCUCUUUUAAAAAAAAUGUUUCACUUCCCUACGCUCCUUUUAAUAUUGCUGUUUUUUCCUGCUGACUUUUUGAAUGAAAGUAUUUGUAAAACUGAAAGGGGAUAGUGCUGCAAAUAGCCUUUGUGAUGGCAGUGUUGCUUAGGAAGGGUCAUCUCCGCAUAGAUUUGAAUUGUUUUGUUUUUUUGCUCACUUUUCUCCUUUGCGUUUUGAUUGCAAUAUCUAAACUGUGUGUCUGUGUUGUGUGUGUGUGUGUGCGCGUGAUUGUAUGCAUCUGUUUUCAGCAUCACUGUAGCAGUUUAGUUUUGCAACAGCUGUAUUUAAAAUUACAAUCCAUGUUCUUAUUUUGACAAGUUUCCUAAUAAAAAUGUUGAUUAUGUUUUAAAA